CUUUAAACCAACUUUCAAAAUUCAAGAUGUCUAGGAGUUCUUCCGAAGAGAGAAAUAAGGCACCAAAAUGCCCUUUUGAAGUCUACAGAUCGGAGGGCGACGCAUUUUUAAUGAAGAAAAAGUAUCUUAAGGCAAUUAUGGCUUACGAUCAGGCCUUGGAUAGAAAAGAAAAUGAUAGGCAUUGUCUUCUUAGAAGAUCUUCAUGUUACCUAGCACUUGGAAAUCUGACCAAGGCUCUGAUUGAUGCGGAUGCUGCACUUGUGGAGGAUUCGAAUUAUUAUAAGGCCCUUUAUUUGAAGGGACAGAUUCUCUACAAUAAAGGAGAUUUUGAACAUGCCCUUGUGUAUUUUCACCGUGGACAACAACAAAGACCGGAAUUACAAAUGUUUCGACUUGGGAUCCAGAAAUCUGAAGAAGCUAUAGAAAACUCUCUGACAGGUCAUAAGAAAAUUAAAAUUGGUAGUGCAGGUGCAAAAGGUUUUGUCAAGCAAAUGGAUGAUGAAGAAAAAGCACAAAAAGCUAAGUCACGUCAAAUAACUCAAAAGUCCAAAAAAGCAACUGGUGACCCUUCCAAUGGAGACGGUGAUCAAGAUAAUCAGAAUAUUCCUAUCAAUUUGAUUCCGAAAAAUAUGUCUAAAAUCAUGUUUGGUCCAUUAUAUACAGAUCACGAAUACCUGGAAGAGUUGUUAAAGCAAGAGUCUACACAAAAAUGGAAGACUACAUAUUCUGAAGAAGUACGUAAUCUAGCACGUAACGGUAUUACUUAUUUGGAUGAACGAUCUAAAUUUUGGCAUCAAGAAAAACCUGUUUAUGCUCGACUGAAAGCUGGAAGAUUGAAACCCUUGACAAAACCUCAGCUUACUAAAAAACAACGCUGCCCUGAAAUUAAUAAAGUAUUGAAUAGACUACAUCAUAUUGAUAAGUUGCAACGGGCGCAUCAACAUGAAUUAGCAGUGAAACAUGCCGAGAAUUUACUUCAUGAGGUUAAAACAUGGGAUUCAUCACAGGUUUCAAAUUAUUAUGAAAUUUUGGCAAAUAUUUAUUCAAUGCUUGGGUUGUCCAAUUUAGAAUUAGGAAAUUAUACCGAAUCAUUAGAAGCUCAUCAAGCUGCAUAUGACCUCGGACAAGAAAAUAAUUUAUCAGAGGUUAUUUCUCAUUCAAUGGAUAAUAUGGGACGUGUAUAUGCGAAAAAAGGAGAUUACGAUUCAGCUAUUAAAAUAUGGGAAGAAAAACUUGAAAAAUGUACAGAUGAAUUAGAUAUAAUAUGGCUUUGUUAUGAAUUAGGUCGAUGUUAUUUAGAAUUACAAAAACCAAAUAAAUCAUUCGAAUAUGGUGAAAAAGGAUUAGAUAUAGCAUGUUCAAUGAAUGAUAAACUAUGGCAAUUAAAUAUCAAUGUUUUGAUUGGACAAUCAAAUUUACAAUUGAAAAAACGUCUUGAUGCUCAAACAGCUUUUACUACAGCUUAUGAAUUAGCCAAGGAACUUGAAGCUCAUGAUGCUGAGAAAGCAAUAUUAGAAGUAAUCGAUGAAUUACAAAGUACCGAUCGAGAAAUGGAUACAUACGCAUUAACGGAUACAGAGGAUAAUGUUCGAUCAGAAGAUUCAUUAAUUUCACGAAGUAAAAAUCAAUCACCUUAUCAAACGAAUAUUCAAUCUACUGAAGAAUAAACAUUAUACCUACUGUUAUGUAAGAACAAUAUAUUUUCAUCAUAAAAUGAAUUCAAAAGUCUAGGUCUUCUUAUUACCCAUUUUAUAUUUUUCCUUGUAAUCAUGAUAUAAAGGUUAUAUUUUGAUUAUGCUUACAAAUCUUU